UCACAGCUUUUUUGUUAUGUCCAUAGAAAAUCAAUAGGGAACAAGAUGCUAAUUUCCGAGUAUGAAAAUGGCCAUAACUUUUUUAUUACUUGAGAUAUGAAAGUGAAUUAGGUGUCAAAUUAAACUUAUUGUUAUGCUUUAUCUGAUGGGAUAAAUUGCAGACUUGAUUUUUUAAAUCUCAAAAUUUUGUAACAUUGCUACAUUUCGAGUCGAGACCCUUCUUCAGACUGAGCGCCAGAGGAGAGGGAGGCAAGAGUAAGGGUAAGAAAAAAAGUGAAAUUCAAUUUCCUCUUUCUUUUCCACAUCGCCUCCUUAGCACAGACUGGAGCGACCUCAUAUAUAUAUUUCCCGAGGUUAUAUACGACAAUUAAAAAAUGAACAUGCUCAACAUGACGGACGUCGACCCAACAGGAACCAUUCGCUUCAACUCUGCGUUCACCGAAAACUUGUCCGGGUGGAGAAACGUUCCGCCUCUCAACCGUCUCCACGGCAACCAGAUGUCCCGCCGGCCGGCCGCCGUGGAGGCUGGCACGCAUGCGCGGAUUGCUCGGCUGAGCUGUGACCAACCUUUGCUCCGCCCCGCGGCUCCGUCACGUGACCGCCAGCGGCCCAUCUUUGCUCGACGUUCAGCUGCAUGGAAACGCAGAACAGUCGAUCAGAUUAACAGCCGUGGUUUGGUGAACGGGCUUAACCAGUUGCCCUUUGAUCUGGCAAACAACAACAAACCUCCAGAGUUUAACGAUUCAGAUGACCUACUGAUGACAGAAUAUUCCAUUGAUCAUUGCAACCUGCCAGGAAGGAAAAGGAAACUGAACAAUAUAGUUACAGAGGAGCAUUACAAAAACCUCGCCUUUGACUCCAGCCCACAGGGGAUGUCAUUAUCAGAUUCUACAGCUUGGGAAGCAGCCAUGAACAGCUUGGGAAUGGGACCAAUGGGAAUGCGUGGACAACCAUUAAUGCCAGAGUUUGACCGAGGUCCAUGCAUGAUGACUGGCAUUCCACCCAUGAACCCAAUGAUGCCUGGAUUGGGCAUUGUCCCUCCUCCAAUUCAUCAAGACAUGUUUCUUGUGAAGGAGAUCAUCCAUUGUAAAAACUGUACGCUUUUUCCUCCAAAUCCAAGUUACGGAAUAAGAAUAGGUUCCAGCACUGAUAAGAAGGACACAGGACAUCUUCAUGUUGACUAUGCUCAAGCUAGGGACGACCUAUAUGAAUGGGAGUGUAAACAGCGUAUGAUGGCAAGAAACGAACGCCAUCGACGAAGAGUAGAGGAAGAAAGGUUUCGACUUCCUUCACCUCCACCCAUAGUGCAUUAUUCAGAACAUGAAAGUAUUACACUAUCAGAAAAAUUGAGAGAUGAUUCAAAAUUCUCUGAAGCUGUUCAGACACUUUAUACCUGGUUGGAACGAGGCGAAGUAAACCGUCGAUCAGCAAAUGUUUUUUAUUCCAUGAUCCAAUCAAGUAACAGCCAUAUUCGAAGGCUGAUGGGUGAAAAAAUCCAACAUGAAAAAGAAAUGGAGGAAUCCAAAGAUAAAUUUAAGAAUGCUGUCGCAGGGAUUCUAAUUCAACUUGAGCAGAUUGUCUCCGUUUUCCACUCUGCCUCCAAGCAAAAGGCGUGGGACCAUUUCUCAAAAGCUCAACGCAAGAAUCUGCAUAUGUGGCGAAAACAAGCAGAGGAAAUUCGUAACAUCCAUAACGAUGAGCUUAUGAGUAUUCGGCGUGAAGAAGAAAUGGAGAUGUCUGACGAUGAUGUGGAAGAAAUGCCAACAAACAAAAUGACAGAAGAAUCAGAACUUGCAUCUCAGGCUGAAGCACUUAAAGAAGAGAAUGACAGUCUGCGUUGUCAGCUUGAUGCCUACAGAAAUGAGGUAGAUUUACUAAAACAUGAGCAGGGUAAGCUCUAUAACACAGAAGAAGAGGCCACAAAGGACCAACAACUAAAACUACUGCAACAGACAUUGCAAGGGAUGCAGCAGCAACUUUUGAAUGUACGGGAAGAUUGUAAAAAGAAAGAAGCUGAAUUGCAAAAGGCAGAGGAAGACAAACAAAAUGCAGAAAUGUUAUUGGAGACAUUUAAAAACAAGGAGAGUGCAGGCGAUGAUAUGGAUGAAACCGAUAAUGAAGGAAAUAAUAUCACAAGGUGUACAAUAUUGGGCUCCAUUCAAGAGCAGGAUGGUGAGUUGGACAAGGUCAUCCCGGGGCCUGUCCGAUCAGAGAGGGAAGCAUUACUUGUGGGUAUUAUUUCUACAUUUCUCCAUGUCCACCCUUUUGGAGCAAGUAUAGACUACAUGUGUUCUUAUCUACAGCGACUAGAUGCUAAGAUCUCUCCGGGGGAAAUAGAAGGUCUGAUGAUGCGACUACAUCACGUGUUCCAGCAGGAAAUAAGUGGAGUCGGUGCAAGUUUGGAAAAGCGAUGGAAGUUUAGCGGUUUUGAUGGAAUCAAGACACUACAGAAUUAAACAUAAUAUCCUCAAGACCACAGGACUACUGUACAUCCACCACUGCUGUUUCUGCCUAAAGUCGAUAGCAGAUUUUUUUUUUGUAAGAGGGUCGAUUUCUGUGAUACUUUAAAUAUGACAAAUCCUCAGGCGAGAGCAAUAUGAGCUGCACCUGGAAAACAGGCUUUUUAAACAAGAAUUACAUAACACAAUGUUGGCCAGAUAAUGAAAGAUUUUCCAAGUGAAAAAAUACCAACUGUUACCAAAAUAUACUAACUUUUUGUUAUGGAACAUGAAAAAGAAAAGCAAUCAUAAAAAAUAUCUGCAUUCUUUUCCCAGGCUUGUGCCCCCUCCAUUAAUCAGAUCCUUGUGUCUCUUCGCUAAUCCAUUUCAAGGUUAGAGUACAUAUAUUUUUCUAAAGAAAAGGGUGUUUUCUUUCAAAUUCUUAGCACAAUUCUUAGUUGCUUUUAUUGAUUCAAUUGCUCCAUCUUCUUGAAAUACUGGUAGGAAUGCAAAAGCAUGAACAAAUAUUGUAUCCAUCCAUCAGACCAUGAUUACAAACAAAAGGUUGUUGUUACGAAGCUACUGAUUUUAUUUAUUUUGUGCCAUGACUCAAUUCCAGUCUGUGAAAGGUCUGCAUAUCCUUUCCCAUUUUCCAUCUUUAUCACAUACAUUGGCAGUUCCCAAUUCCACUUUUUGGAAAUUCUUUGUGUGAAGUUGAAAUAGUCUAUUUAAAUGUGGGAUGGCAUCAACAUUAUGCUUAAUUUUGGUUUUGUAUCACAUCUACAAAACUACAUUUUCACAUCAAGAUCACUGAAUACUGAUUGGAAACAUGAACUUGACUGAUGUUUAUGCUUUUUAGUCUGGAAACUGGGAUAAAAAACAACUAUUGCUGGCCUGCCUAAGAUCAGCUAAUUCAAUGUAGGUCACAAACCUGGAACACUUGAUCAGUGCCGCUCAAUGCAAUAGAGUAAUGUUUAAACUUCUAUAAAUACACCUCUGUGUGCAUGUGGCAAAUUUGGAUAAAUUUGCUCAAGCAACAUACAGCAGACCUAGCCACUGUUUCCAUCCAGAGAGAGCUCGGUUUCAGAUGAACUUAUGUUUUCUAACAUGAUAGAGUGUAAGAACAUUUUAUUAUUUGAUCCUCUGUGACAAUAAGAGGACACAUGUUUGCAUUUCAUAGGAUGUGGAUGCAGUCCAUCAUAUGCAAAGGUAUGUCUGAAAGAUUAGUGAAGAUUAUUUCAAUUGUUGACAUUGAUCUAUAUGAGGAAAGACAUUUGCAAUGGACUGAACUGAAUGGAAUAAAAACGACUCUGCUCCUUGCAUAGAGGGAUGCAAACAAGAUGAAUGUUUGCUGACUGCGCAUUACAGAUGAUAUCAAAUAUAACAUGUAAAAGCAUGGUCUAUUCUCCAUGCUUGUGUUAAAAGGGGCAGAAUGUGCUGGGACAUGUUUGAAGAAGGUGAAAUAUGAAUAUUGUUGAUAUAUUCAGGACUGAAGUACUGUAUCUUCCAACAAACAUAAUACAGAGUGAAAAUAAUUGUUUACAUUACAAAUCUGUGACAAAUAACAUCCCUGGUAUAAUUUCUUUGUACAUCCGGAAUUGACCUAGCAGUACAUUUUGGACAGUGUCUCUAGUUUGUACAGGCUAAAUUACACUCUUGAUAAAAGUUGUAUUUUUUAGAGAUAUUAAUUUUUACAGAUUUUUAAUACUUGAGUGUUUAUUUGGUCUCUGUGUUCCUGCAGGUGAAGAACCUAGGUGACAAAGUCUGUUAAUUAUAUUGGAAAAUUAUAAUGAGAAUCCAUCUUUAUAUAUGUAAUGAUACAUGUAUGCCAUCUCUGUGAAUAUGAUGGAUAGUGGCACCCUGCUGCUGUUAAAAUAUGAUUUCAAACAAAUCUGAUGGGCUUAUUGAUGUUUGUUACUCUUAAAAAUGCUUGUUUUUAAUUUGGUACAAUCUGGCACUGCAUAUAACUAAUUAUUAAUCAGAGUUAGUUUGCAUUACAUGUUAUCUUCCAGAUAAUUGUGAGUUGUCAACAUUAUUUCACAUGCAAUAGUUCAGAAUUUAUGAGCGGUGGCAUUUAUCUCAAAUUAAUAUCAGGAACUCAAGAUUCCCAGUAAGAGUUCCUCUUUAUUCUGUGGGCACAAAUGAUUUGAAAACAGCCUUCACCCUUUGCAAACUUCCUGAAUGAAGUGAUUAUUUAAUAUUUACUUGUGUUCCACUCAGUUGUGCAAAAUGAAAAUGUUUUUUUGUCAAGUGAAGAGACAAAUGUUCCUUUAUUACAAAGGCAAAGGUUUGAUGCUGAACAAUAGACAAAAGCAAUUCCAGACUAAAUCCUGCUGUGUUAAAUUAGUUAAUUUAUGCUCUUGUCGUGGGCAAAUGAGAUUGCCUCUCUUUCCAAGCCCUGAACCAUCAAAGGCAAAGUCAGCCCACUACUAACUGCUGCAAAGUUAUGUCUGCUGGAAAAUGCCAGGGAUUGCACUGAAUUGGAUGAGGACAACAAUGUAGAAAAGGCUAUUUAUUCCAAGUGUUGUUAAUACUUCACAAUAGCCCUUUCUCACUCCUAAUUCCCACUCUGCAACAAUUCUCUCUAUUUCCUGCUCCCUCAAGUGUACAUUAUGAUUUUCUUUAAAGGUCAGCCAUUUUUUAAUGCAUGUACUUUCUUGCCCUUGCCAUCAGGUGCUUUCUACUGUUUGCUCUCUUUCAUUUUUCUUAUCAAUAUUUAUUUUCAACCAAUAUCUUACAUUGGUCAUACACUGCUUUAUCUUGGGGGUAACACAGCUCCAAUUAAUUGGUAGAUCUUAAUGGUACACCAAUAAUUAUACUUCAAAUAAUGUUGUCUUGAGGCCACAAUUGUGCCAUUUGAUCUUGCUUGGUUGGAACCAACCCAGCUGACCUGAAUCAUUCUGAAAAUGGAUUGAAACAGCACAUAUAUGAUGUGAACCUGGUGACAUGUCUUUAGAAGAAUGCCUGUUGAUGAAACACCAGAAGAACCAGUAGAAACAGGUGUUGGCAGGACUAAAAAAGAAGCAACAAGCAAGAAAAUUGAAAAGAAUGCUAUAAUACAAAUGAACUAAGUUACAGUUUUCCUAUUUGUGACAGUUUUAUUAAAUUAGUUUCUGAGGAGAUUUGCAUUUAUCUAAAUUUACAGAAGAGCGCUGAAUUGUUAUUUAAGCAAUAUCCUAAAUGACAAAUUUACAGAUCCUUUGCAAUUACGCAACCAAAAUUAUUAUUAAAUGUUAGAGAGAUAAUUUGUUUAUGAACAACUCCCUAAUAUGAAAAUAAUAAAAUUAUUGUUAAUGCCCAUGGAGAUGAGCAUCCUGAUAAAGUGGGAUACUUGUUUAUUUUACUUUCCAGGUGGUUUUACAAUGAAAUUUAUAGCGGGGAGAAUUAUUUUUUCCUCUGAAUGCUCCAUACUUUUGCAAUUUGUCCUUACGUUGUAUUUUAAUUGUUUUGUGAUUUAUUGGAAGAGUUUUGAAAAGUUUUAUAAAAAAUAAAUAAAUGGCUAAGCUUUGCUUUCCAUUUGAUUAAAAAAGU